AACAAGUUCUUGGCUUGGAUUGAUAAGCGAAAGAACGGUCGCUAUACCCAAAUGGGACAUUUUCUCAGCCCUUUCGGCGAUUUCCCUGGAUUGGCAAUGAUGUUAUUAGAAUGAAUUGAACUAAUUAUAAGUAAGACUUCCUUGUCAUAGUUGUAUUUUGUUUCUGUGUUUCAGAUCAUGCUAAAUUUUGCUGACAACACAUACGAUGAAGGGUCUAUGUAACCCAUCGUGAUGGCCAAACUGGGACACUACAAACUGGACAACGGAGAGAGUACCCCUUCCGGUUUAUUCCCUGUAAAACCUUUGUUUAAGCAGCGUAAAACAGGUCACUGGCUUGUGGAGAGGAGCGUGUUAGAGCAUAAAUAUACAAGAUCACAGAAGAGAAAAUCGCAGGGACUCUUUACAGCUGAAGAACAUCUAGCUCUUUCAGACAAUACUGAAUUAUUGGGUUCCAGCAAAGUGGAAAAUAGAGGCACUGUUUUAGAUGGAUAUUUUCUUAUGACAUUACAUUGUGUGGACAGACCUUCUGAGCUGUGCUUUGUUGACAUUAGUGGACAGAAACUAUACUCGGUCAACCUAGACAACGUGGAGGAAUUUGACAAUGUUGCUUAUAUCAAUGCUUCUGACAAUCGUUUGAACUUAGACGCUUUCAGUGGAUUUCCAGUCUUAAGGGAGCUGGAACUGUCACUAAACGGCCUACAUAACAUAAAUGUCAAUGACGGAGACUUUCCACAUCUGGAGGUGCUGGAUCUCUCAUACAACAGCCUGUCAAGUGAUGAUAUCUUGGCAAUUAGUAUACUUCCUUGUCUAAAAGUUCUUCAUCUCACAGGGAAUAAACUUCUGACUCUGCCAGACAUCAUGAGUGUUCCACACCAAGAGUCUCCUCGUUUGAAAGCGACGCAAGAUAGACGAUUUUGUGCCCUUGAGGUUCUGAUGUUAGAUGACAAUUGCCUGUCUUCUCCAGGAAUCUUCACCAGCCUUGCCAAUCUGAAAAGGCUACGGCACUUAAACCUGCAGGGCAACAAUAUCAGCAAAGUCCCUUACCUGCAGCAGAUAGCAGACCUUGGGGUCGUGGACUUUUUCACAAAGAAAGAUAGUAAACAUCCUGCACAAGACAGACCACCCAGCUUGAACUCCCCCGAAACACAAGAAGUGAAAAGUGAAUCAAGGCAGAAAACUGAUUAUUCUAAUUUGAAGUUUAUUCAACAAGAACAUGGUGACAGCUGUACUGAUCAACUCCAAAUACCGUUUCCAGAACUCCAGCACCUGAACUUGGCUGACAACAAGAUUGCAGACGAAGAAGCUCUGCUAGCUGUGGCCCUUUUCCCGUUGCUCAGUGAGCUGGUGAUUCAUUCAAAUCCUCUUACCACACAAAGAAGUGGUGACCCCCCGAUUCUGACAAGCAUUCUUCAGGACCAUCUGGGCAUUCAAAUAGAGCGCAAGAAGACAAAAAUCCCAAUGAAAUCACAUAUUAUGGUCUCAAUCAAUCCAAAACGAAAGAUAACCACAAAAAUCCCAAAGGUCCCAAAAUUGCCUUUGUACCUCGAGGCUCCCGGUAAUCCGUCUCCACAUGACAUUGUGUCAGCCGUUGAAAAAAAAGCCAAAGACGCAUUUGAGAAGACUGCUUUUCCCCGAGAAGGUUUGCCACUGCAGUCCUCAAAGCAUCAGGAAGGCUCUUCUCAGAGUGAAGGCACAGCGAAUCCAGCGGGUGACCACAUGCUGGAAGCUUCAGAUCAGAUACCCAGAGCUCUGCCAAAUGUGGAAGACAGAGAUGGAAAAGCAUUCUUUAUGACGCAGGUGGAUGAUGAACCUAUGCAGCACAUGUUGUUAGAGAUAAAUACACCAAAAGAUGAACAUACACUUCCAGAGCAAUUCAGAGGCUAUGAAAUGCUCUUAGAUGCAAAACCAGACCCUGAUAUGAUUCAACCAAGAGGAAUUCAACAGACUGCCAGAGCCUUGGAACAGGCUCUCAGAAAUCUUCGUGUGUACAGAGAUACCAGAGUGCAUGACAACCACCUUCCAAAAACAAACAGAGAAAUGAAAAAGGUUGCAAAAGCACUGGAAGAAAACCCAAAACAGAUCAAAAAAGACAGGGUUGAAGAUUUCUUAACUAUGAUGAAAGACAGAAAAACGACACAGGAAGUCCCAUUGGAUGAAGUUCUUAAAGGGAAGAAUGUCAACAAGAAGGAAUAUGAAGAGGCUCUGUCGUUAUUGCAGGACAUAAAGGGAAAAUAUAGGAGUGUUUACAUGAAAGCGAUGGAGCCGGCAAGUCAGGAGGAGUCUGCAGAAGUGCAGUCAGGAGAAAACGCCAUUGCAAAGGGUUAAAAAGGAAGCACAUUCUUUUGUUCCAUUAUAUACAUAAGAAACUGACAACAGGUGUUAUUAAGAAAAAAACAGAAACUACAAUACAAAUAUCCUAAGUGAAUGUCAAUAAAUUGCAUACAUAAAUUCUUUCCACUGUAGCAAAUUGAAUAGUUAGUGUAAACAGGCUAUGGGAAUAAAUUUAAAAAAAUUUUUUUGGUUCACCAACUGGAGAAAUAAUUGUAUGUCACUGGAAGAGAAAGUGAAAUCUGUCGAAAUGUAUUGUAUGUAAGAAUGACUACUAAUUGGGUAUGAUGUGCGGCUUGAAGAGUUACGACAGCGUGUCUGUCACCAGAAGGUUGUUGGUUCGGAGCCGGUGGUUAACAGGACGAUUUCGCCAUUGGGUCCCUAAGGCAGAUCCUUAACCCCCAAUUAUUCCCAGGACUGACCUCCUUUCACUCAUAAAAGCAUCUGCUAAAUGAACAUAUGUAACAAUGAUUAUGUUAUAUUGAUGAAACUGAACAAAAGAAUUAUUGAAUUUCUGGCAGAGAAGAGCAUUCCAUUCAUUCACGUCCUGUACUGUUGUCUUUAUCUCCAUCUUGCACUGGUUUCUAAACAUACCUUGAAGCAUGACACUGGUUCCAGGCAAAGCAGCAUUAACUUCAUGCUCAAGACCCUACUUCUUUCUGUUUUGUAUCCCUGCUUUUCCAUUUUUGAUCCACUAUCCAAGCAGUUAAGCCACGUAUAAGCAGUUAUGGGGAAAAAAAGCAGAGAUUUAAGAGAAUUCAGUAACAGUCCGUGAAGACUACAGUUCAUAAUUUUGCAGUGUUUACUUAUGGUUUGCAAUGUCUAUUUAUGGAAAUUGUUCUACUAUUUGGUCAACUGCUGUUGUUUUAAAUGUGUUCUAUAAAUAAAACUCACUUUACUUGA